CCUUAUACCCUAACCAUAUACUUUAUAUCCUAAACAACGAACCGUCAAAGAUUACUUAUCAAGUUUAGUAUAAAUUGUUGUAACUAAUGGUAAAUUUAUUUAUUAGCCCAUAAAAAAUUACAUACAUAUAUACAUAUUAGCCUUCAAAGCAUAUAAGAAUAAUUUUAACUAGUCAUGCCCUACAUAUAAAAGUUAAAGAUUCAUAUUUCAAAAGCUAAAAUUAUGAAAAACCAAAAAAUUGAAAACACCAAAUUUGUUUCAUUCUUUCUUUUCACAAAAAUACUAAAAUUUCCCUCCUUCUUUUUCCUUCCAUACAUUAGAAAAACUCAAUUUUUCCUCCUCUUUCUCUUCCAUAAAAUUGAAAGAACCAAAUUACCCUCUUCUUUCCUUCUACAAAAAGUUGAAAAGUCAAAAGUUUCCCUCCUUAUUUCUCUUUCACAAUAAAAAAAUCAAACUUUUCCACUUCUUUCUCUUCCCACAUCAAAACCACCAAAAUUCCCACUUGUUUUUUUUUCUAAAAAAUUCAAAGAACCAAAUUUCCAUCUUCUUUCUCUUCCCAAAAAUUUGAAUACACCAAAAUUUUCCUCUUUUUUUAAAAAGAUCAAAUUAUCAAAUACAUUACUUUACUUUAUUUAUAUUUAAUUGAUAAUUUUAUUGAAUAGUUAAAUAAACCAAAAUUUUAAUUUAUAUAUUAUAUUAAUAUUGUCAUGAUCUCAAGUGACCUUCAUGUUUCAAUUUUUGUAAUUUUCUUAAAAUACAUAAUAUCAAGUGAGUUUCAUAUGUUUAAAAUUUCUUAUACGAAAUGAAAAAAAAAAUUACUUAAGUUUAGAAUGAAAAACUUUAUUUUUAUAAACUAUGUAUUGUAUAUUUUUAUAAUUAUUCAAGUGGAUUAGAUGAAAUUCGGGUUGAGUCGGUCAGGUUACGGGUUAGUCGGGUUCGGGUCAAUUGGGUUCGGGUUAAUCGGGUUGCGGGUCAGUCGGGUUGCGGGUCAAUCGGGUUGCGAGUUAUUCGGGUUGUGGGUUAGUUGGGUUGCGGGUGGGGCGGAUUACGGGUUGUUGACUUUUAGUCAAUUCGAAUUGCGGGUCGGGUUGAUCGGGUGGGUUAAUCGGGUCGGGCUAUGUUUUGACACCUAUAGGUACAUGCCUGUCCUUUCUAACUUCCGUCACUAGUCGCUACCAAAUUUGCCGGUCCCAAAUGAGGAAGCUUCCUCCUGUAAUUUCGCUCUGAAAAUCUGCUUGUCUCUACUACGCUCCGGAUUAGAGCUUUGCCUUCCGUUGGUCUUUCCUUUGUUAUUGGCAGAUUUUUGUGGUCCCCUGAAAAGGAAGGUAUUCCCUUACUGUCACAGAAAAAAUUCAACAGAACGAAAGCCAUACUAAACUGGCAUACUCUAAUUAGUAGUGGCUAAGCUUGCGUAACACAAACAGAAGGCAUGUGUUAAUUAAGUCUGCUCUGCUUCAGAAACCGUUAGACUCCCCACCAUUUCCCAAACGUUUCAUCACAGAAUUAUUUCCCUGCAAUUAACAACUUGCUGUUGCUUCAGCCUCAUCAACUUCCUCCCUAACCCAUUAGUUAACAGUCCCCUUCGAAUACCUGCCUUAUUAUUAAGCACUCCAUCAGAUCAGAACCCUCUGCAAUUCUUCCACCAUCACACCUUUUCCUUCACGUAAACCAUAUCCUGCAAACUGAAGCAACGAAAGAAAAAAGCAUACCCAGAAAGCAACAUGGUGCUGGGCAUCAUAUUCUUGAUGUUAAUCAGCAGUACUACUCAUGUUUCUGCUAACUCGACCACCGUUCUUCCAGCAGCAGCAGCUUGUUCAAAUGGCGAAUGCCAGCUCAGAGAUGAAUGCUCAACCGACCGAGAUUGCGGGGCGGGGCUGCACUGUUUGUCUUGCCCUCUUGAAUUCAGGGGAUCAAGAUGUGUUAGAUCAACCAUUUCAGAUCCGUUCAAGCUUCUGAACAACUCGCUGCCGUUCAAUAAGUACGCGUUCUUGACAACCCACAAUUCGUUUGCCAUCAGAGGAGAGCCAUCUCACACUGGGGUUCCAAGGCUCACCCCUGCCAACCAAGAGGACACUGUCACCCAACAGCUGAAUCACGGAGUCCGAGCACUGAUGCUGGAUACAUAUGAAUUCAAGGAUGGGAUAUGGCUGUGCCAUUCUUUCAAAGGGAAAUGCCAUGAUUUCACAGCUUUUGAACCUGCAAUGGACACUCUGAAGGAAAUAAAGGCUUUCAUGUCAGCAAACCCAUCAGAAAUAGUGACCCUGAUCCUCGAAGAUCACGUUGAGGCUCCAUAUGAACUGUCACGACUCUUCAGGUCUUCUGGCCUCGAGAAGUACUGGUUUCCAGUGUCCAAAAUGCCCAGGGAUGGCCAAGAUUGGCCUCUGGUGAAGGACAUGGUUGCCAAUAACCAAAGGCUCAUAGUCUUCACCUCUGAUAGAUCCAAGCAAGAAACUGAAGGCAUAGCUUAUCAAUGGAACUUCAUGGUUGAAACCCAAUAUGGCAAUGGUGGACUGAAGGGAAACUGCACAAUCAGAAGAGAGUCAGCUGCAUUAGAUGAUAAGAGCAAGAGUUUGGUGCUUGUGAAUCAUUUUGGAACCCUCCCUGUCAGAGGGAUUUCAUGCGAGUACAAUUCAGAGGGACUUAUGGAGAUGCUAGGUAAAUGUCACACUGCAGCUGGGAACAGAUGGGCUAACUUUGUUGCUGUUGAUUAUUACAAGAGAAGCGACGGGGGAGGAGCUUUUGAAGCUGUGGAUAAGUUGAAUGGAGAGAUGUUGUGCGGUAGCAGUGAUGUCAAAGCUUGUGUGACAAGAUUUUCUUAACAUUGAUUCAUGUUUUGAGUUGAUGCGGCGUAUUUAAAAUUUAUGAAUUUAGUAAGAUUAUUCCACUUUGUAGGAAUAACAAUAUAAUAAUUGCCGUUGUUAGGAUUCGAACUUGUAACUUAUGAAACACAAAUUAUUAUAACUAGCUUUAUACCAACCCGUUGGGCGGCAAAUUUUGAUUGGUUAUUAUAUUUUUCGUCCUAGUAUUAUAGUUGUAUUUAUGAUUCAUUAUGUUAAACUAUUAUACAUUGAAUUGUUAAUCUCACUUAUCAAAUUUCAUAUAUUGUAUCACAUUUUUAUAUAUUUCAUUUAUUUAUGAAAUUUUAAUUUUAUUAGAUGAGCUCUCUCUAGUACUUUCUUUAUUGAUUUAUAAUUAUGUAUCGAAUCCAGCAUUUAAGAUAUAAACUAAGAGAUUAUAAUUUUUUAGCACACAAAGUGACAAAGAAGUUAAAAUUUUGGGUUAAUUGCAUGGUUGGUCACUGAGAUUACAAAAGACGUUCAAGUUUGGUCACUCGAAAUAUUUAAAUCUACUGUGGUACCUCAGUUUACUGAAACCGUUCAUGUUUGGUCACUCUCCGUCCAACUCCGUUAACUUUUGCUUACGUGGCAGUCAACUCUAAAAAUUGACCGUUAAAUGUGUGACAUGGCAAUUAAAAAAUAAUUAAAUAAAUAAAAUUUUUAAAA